AUGCUGGCUCUGCCCGCCCUGGCUGUGGGACACCACCCAGGAGGCCGAAGACGCCUCAUGGUUUGGUGCAUCCAGUCCUGCCAAGUUAGCUCUUCCCAGGCCACGCCCUCUGGCCAAGCCAGCCUGCAGGUGGACCGGCUUGGGGUGGAGGCCAUCAGCCUGCAGUCUCCUGGACCUAGUGCACUGGCCUUCCAGCGCCUGGCCCAAGGGCUGGGCACUCAAAGUGAGGAGUCGGCUCCAACUCACAGCGGCCCCGUGGACGACAGCGGCCCCGUGGACGACGGCGGCCCCGUGGACGACGACAGCGGCCCCGUGUAUGAGGACAGCGGCUCCGUGUAUGACAACAGCGGCCCCGUGUGCGACAGUGGCCCCGUGUACAACGACAGCGGCCCUGUGUAUGAUGAUAGCAGCCCCGUGGACAAUGACAGCAGCCCUGUGGACGACGACAGUGGCCCCAUGUAUGAGGACAGUGGCUCCGUGUAUGACGACAGCGGCCCCGUGUGUGACAGCGGCCCCGUGGACGACGACAGCGGCCCCGUGUACGACGACAGUGGCCCCGUGUAUGAUGACAGUGGCCCCGUGUGUGACAGUGGCCCUGUGGACGACCACAGCGGCCCCGUGUACGACGACAGUGGCCCCGUGUAUGAUGACAGUGGCCCCGUGUGCAACAGCGGCCCCGUGGACGAUGACAGCGCCCUGCCCUGCCCUGCGCCAUCCUCACAGUCAUGGCCGUGUUUGAGCCACGUGGUGGCCACUCAUCUCGUUGAGGGUCUGCGCCUGUUACCAGUUGACAUGAGGGCUGCCAGACUCGGGGAAGACCCCACUCAGCCAGCACCAUCCAGUGUGGACCUACUGUCCCCGCAGCUGGUCCUCAAAGCCCAGGGCCUCAGGAACCUGCAUUUCCAGUUGGGUGAGGGAAUGAUGAACCCCAAAUCUGUAGAUCAGGAGGCAGGCCGGAGGCCUCUGCUGGCUUACGGGGUUGGCACAUCCAAAGUUGUAGGUCAGGCAGCAGGCUUGAGAUUUCUGUGGGCUUACAUCCUGCAGAAAAAGAACAGGACGCCAGGUUUUAUCACACUCAGCGUGGACCCCGUCCUGUGCCGCCCCGCGGUCAGCGUGGACCCCGUCCUGUGCCGCCCCGCGGUCAGCGUGGACCCCGUCCUGUGCCGCCCCGUGGUCAGCGUGGACUGGGCUGUCGUGAUCCUGGCCCUCAGGGCUGUGCGGGAUGGUCCUCGAGAUGUGGUCCUGCAGCUGCUGAGGUCACGGCCGCUGGAACAGAUGGAGAGUCUCUCCCCAAAGAUGCAGCAAUGGGACCUGAGUGGCGAAGGGGCCAGUGAGAUGCCCUGCUGGGCUGUGGGUGUGGCCUCCUCGAUGCGAAUUCCAGGGCCAGAAGUGCUCUGCAUGUACUUCCAGGCCAUCCUCAUCCUCCUGGCCGUGACGCUGCUCCUGCUGGCUGGCUUUCUGCAGCUGGACUUGGGGCUGCUCACGCCCCUGUUCCAGAGGGCUGCAAAGCCACCUGUCACCAACAUCAUGUUCCUCAAGACGCACAAGACGGCCAGCAGCACCGUGUUGAACGUGCUGUUCCGCUUCGCUGAGACGCACAACCUGUCCGUGGCGCUGCCGGAAGGCCAGCGCUUCCACCUCGGCUACCCCUGGCUCUUCCUGGCGCGCUACGUGGAGGGCAGUGAGCAGAAGGGCCCCGGCCCGCGGCGGCGCUUCAACCUCAUGUGCAACCACCUGAGGUUCAACCCGGCUGAGGUGCAGAAAGUCAUGCCUGAGGACACCUUCUACUUCUCCAUCCUCCGGAACCCAGUCUCGCAGCUGGAGUCCUCCUUCGUCUACUACAAGAACUACGUGCCCGCCUUCCAGGCCGUGAGCAGUCUGAGCGCCUUCCUGGCCUCGCCGUGGACCUACUACAACGACAGCGUAGGCCUGAAGAACGCCCACGCCAGGAACAGCAUGUGGUUCGACUUGGGCUUCGACAACGACGCCUGGCCCGAGGAGGGCUACGUGCGCGCGCGCAUCGCCGAGGUGCAGCGCCGCUUCCAGGUGGUCCUCAUCGCCGACUACUUCGACGAGUCCAUGGUGCUGCUGCGCCGCGCCCUGGGCUGGACGCUGGACGACGUGGCCUACUUCAAGCUCAACUCCCGCAGCCAGCGCAGCAUCACCAGCCUGACGCCCGAGGACCGGGAGCGCGCCAAGCGCUGGUGCGCGCUCGACUGGAGCCUGUACCAGCACUUCAACCGCACCUUCUGGGCCCGCGUGCGCGCCGAGCUGGGCCCCCGGCGGCUGCGCAGAGAGGUGGGGCUGCUGCGCGCGCGGCGACAGGAGCUCACCCGCCUGUGCGUGCAGGACGGGGCGCCCAAGAACAAGUCGCAGAUCACGGAUGUGCAGCUGAAGCCCUACCAGCCAGGGAAGGCUGACAUCCUAGGCUACAACCUGCGGCCGGGCCUGGUCAACGAGACGCUGGAGCUUUGCCGGAGGAUGGCGAUGCCCGAGCUCCAGUACAUGGCUCACCUGUAUGCCCUGCAGUUCCCGGAGAAGCCCCCCAAGAACAUCCAGUUCCUGAACGAGUAG